CGGCCAGGGGCAGGCGGCCGCAGAGCAGUGCCGGCCGCGGCUCCAGUAGCAGCGAGUUCGAGCCCCGCUCCCGCUCCGCUUCGGUUCUCGCUCCGCCGGCCCUUGGGCCUCCCUCCGCCCGUCCUCGGCAGUCGCUGCGCAUUGCGCUCUCCCCGCCGCCAGGAUGCCGGUAACCGAGAAGGACCUGGCGGAGGACGCGCCGUGGAAGAAGAUCCAGCAGAACACCUUCACGCGCUGGUGCAACGAGCACCUCAAGUGCGUGAACAAGCGCAUCGGGAACCUGCAGACCGACCUGAGCGAUGGCUUGCGGCUCAUCGCGCUGCUCGAGGUGCUCAGCCAGAAGCGUAUGUACCGCAAGUACCACCAGCGGCCCACCUUCCGCCAGAUGCAGCUGGAGAACGUGUCCGUGGCGCUGGAGUUCCUGGACCGUGAGAGCAUCAAGCUCGUGUCCAUCGAUAGCAAAGCCAUCGUGGAUGGGAACCUGAAGCUCAUCUUGGGCCUGGUGUGGACACUGAUCCUCCACUACUCAAUCUCCAUGCCCGUGUGGGAGGAUGAAGGGGAUGACGAUGCCAAGAAGCAGACACCAAAGCAGAGGCUGCUGGGAUGGAUUCAGAACAAGAUCCCCUACUUGCCCAUCACCAACUUUAACCAGAACUGGCAAGAUGGCAAGGCUCUGGGAGCCUUAGUAGACAGCUGUGCUCCAGGUCUGUGCCCAGACUGGGAAUCAUGGGAUCCACAAAAGCCUGUGGACAAUGCACGGGAGGCUAUGCAGCAAGCAGAUGACUGGCUGGGUGUUCCACAGGUCAUCACUCCUGAAGAAAUUAUUCAUCCAGAUGUGGACGAGCACUCGGUGAUGACUUACCUGUCCCAGUUCCCCAAAGCCAAGCUCAAGCCAGGGGCUCCUCUCAAACCCAAACUCAACCCAAAGAAAGCCAGGGCCUAUGGCCGAGGAAUCGAGCCUACUGGAAACAUGGUGAAGCAGCCGGCCAAGUUCACUGUGGACACCAUCAGUGCCGGGCAAGGAGACGUGAUGGUGUUUGUUGAGGACCCAGAAGGGAACAAAGAGGAGGCACAAGUGACCCCUGACAGCGACAAGAACAAGACAUACUCUGUGGAGUAUCUGCCCAAGGUCACCGGGUUGCACAAAGUUACAGUCCUCUUUGCAGGACAGCACAUCUCCAAGAGCCCAUUUGAAGUGAAUGUCGACAAGGCACAGGGAGAUGCCAGUAAAGUCACUGCAAAAGGCCCAGGCUUGGAAGCUUCUGGGAACAUCGCCAAUAAACCCACGUACUUUGACAUCUACACAGCAGGUGCUGGUGUGGGUGACAUUGGUGUUGAGGUAGAGGACCCCCAGGGGAAGAACACGGUGGAAUUGCUGGUGGAAGACAAAGGAAACCAGGUGUACCGAUGUGUGUACAAACCACUGCAGCCUGGACCUCACGUGGUGAAGGUCUCCUUUGCUGGGGACACCAUUCCCAAGAGUCCCUUCGUUGUGCAGGUUGGGGAAGCCUGUAGUCCAAAUGCCUGCCGGGCCAGUGGCCGGGGCCUGCAGCCCAAAGGCGUCCGCAUCCGGGAGACUGCAGACUUCAAGGUUGAUACCAAAGCUGCUGGAAGCGGGGAGCUCGGUGUCACUGUGAAGGGUCCUAAGGGUCUGGAGGAGCUGGUGAAACAGAAAGGCUUUCUGGAUGGAGUCUAUGCAUUUGAGUAUUACCCCAGCACCCCAGGGAAAUACAGCAUCGCCAUCACGUGGGGGGGACACCACAUUCCAAAGAGCCCCUUUGAGGUUCAAGUUGGCCCUGAAGCAGGCAUGCAGAAAGUUCGUGCAUGGGGCCCUGGCCUUCAUGGUGGGAUUGUCGGGCGGUCAGCAGACUUCGUGGUAGAGUCCAUUGGCUCUGAAGUUGGGUCUCUGGGGUUUGCCAUUGAAGGCCCUUCCCAGGCAAAGAUUGAGUAUGACGACCAGAAUGAUGGGUCAUGUGAUGUCAAGUACUGGCCCAAGGAGCCCGGCGAAUAUGCCGUUCACAUCAUGUGUGAUGACGAAGACAUCAAGGAGAGCCCAUACAUGGCCUUCAUCCACCCAGCUGCGGGAGACUACAACCCAGAUCUGGUUCAAGCAUAUGGGCCAGGUUUGGAGAAAUCUGGGUGCAUUGUCAACAACCUGGCUGAGUUCACUGUGGAUCCUAAGGAUGCUGGAAAAGCUCCCUUGAAGAUAUUUGCUCAGGAUGGCGAAGGCCAGCCCAUUGACAUCCAGAUGAAGAGCCGGAUGGAUGGGACAUAUGCCUGCUCGUACACCCCAGUUAAGGCCAUCAAGCACACCAUUGCUGUGGUCUGGGGAGGUGUGAACAUCCCACACAGUCCCUACAGGGUCAAUAUCGGGCAGGGUAGCCAUCCCCAGAAGGUCAAGGUAUUUGGGCCAGGCGUGGAGCGAAGUGGACUGAAGGCAAAUGAGCCUACUCAUUUCACAGUGGACUGUACUGAGGCUGGGGAAGGUGAUGUCAGCGUUGGCAUUAAAUGUGAUGCUCGGGUGUUAAGUGAGGAUGAGGAAGACGUGGACUUUGACAUUAUUCACAACGCCAACGACACGUUUACGGUCAAAUACGUGCCUCCUGCCGCCGGGCGAUACACUAUCAAAGUUCUCUUUGCAUCUCAGGAAAUCCCUGCCAGCCCUUUCAGAGUGAAAGUUGACCCUUCCCAUGAUGCCAGCAAAGUGAAGGCGGAAGGCCCUGGGCUCAGCAAAGCAGGUGUGGAAAAUGGGAAACCGACCCACUUCACGGUCUAUACCAAAGGAGCCGGAAAAGCCCCACUGAACGUGCAGUUCAGCAGCCCCAUUCCUGGAGACGCCGUGAGGGAUUUGGACAUUAUCGACAAUUAUGACUACUCCCACACCGUUAAAUACACACCCACCCAGCAGGGCAGCAUGCAGGUUCUGGUUACGUAUGGUGGCGACCCCAUCCCUAAAAGCCCUUUCACCGUGGGCGUGGCUGCUCCGCUGGAUCUGAGCAAGAUAAAAAUUAAUGGGCUGGAAAACAGAGUUGAAGUAGGGCAGGGGCAGGAGUUCGCCAUCGACACCAAGGGAGCAGGCGGCCAGGGAAAGCUGGAUGUGACGAUCUCGAGCCCCUCAAGGAAGAUUGUGCCGUGUCUGGUGGCACCCGUGGCAGGCCGGGAGGGCAGCACGGCCAAGUUCAUCCCUCGGGAGGAGGGGCUAUACGCUGUAGAUGUCACCUACGACGGACACCCCGUGCCUGGAAGCCCCUACACAGUGGAGGCCUCACUGCCACCGGAUCCCACCAAGGUGAAGGCCCAUGGUCCUGGCCUUGAAGGUGGUCUCGUGGGCAAGCCUGCCGAGUUCACCAUCGACACCAAAGGAGCAGGCACUGGAGGUUUGGGCCUCACCGUGGAAGGUCCAUGUGAAGCCAAAAUUGAAUGUUCUGACAAUGGUGACGGCACCUGCUCCGUCUCUUACCUGCCCACGAAGCCUGGGGAAUACUUCGUCAACAUUCUCUUUGAAGAAGUCCACAUACCUGGUUCUCCCUUCAAAGCUGAUAUUGAAAUGCCUUUUGACCCCUCUAAAGUCGUGGCUUCAGGACCAGGUCUCCAGCAUGGGAAAGUGGGUGAAGCCGGGCUGCUGAGUGUUGACUGUUCGGAAGCAGGGCCCGGGGCCCUGGGCCUGGAAGCCAUCUCAGACUCGGGAGCGAAAGCUGAAGUCUGUAUUGAAAACAACAAAGACGGUACCUACGCAGUGACCUACGUGCCCCUGACAGCCGGCAUGUACACGCUGACCAUGAAGUAUGGUGGCGAGCUCGUGCCCCACUUCCCUGCCAGGGUCAAGGUGGAGCCCGCCGUGGACACCAGCAGGGUCAAAGUCUUUGGGCCAGGCAUAGAAGGAAAAGAUGUGUUUCGCGAAGCCACCACCGACUUCACAGUUGAUUCACGGCCCCUGACACAAGUUGGGGGUGACCACAUCAAGGCCCACAUUGCCAACCCCUCAGGGGCCUCUACCGAGUGCUUUGUCACGGACAAUGCCGACGGGACCUACCAGGUGGAGUACACACCCUUUGAGAAAGGUCUCCAUGUAGUGGAGGUGACAUAUGAUGAUGUGCCCAUCCCAAAUAGUCCCUUCAAAGUGGCUGUAACCGAAGGCUGCCAGCCAUCUCGAGUCCAGGCUCAAGGACCAGGAUUGAAAGAGGCCUUUACCAACAAACCCAAUGUCUUCACUGUUGUUACCAGAGGGGCAGGAAUUGGUGGGCUUGGCAUAACUGUUGAGGGACCGUCAGAGUCAAAGAUCAACUGCAGAGACAACAAAGAUGGAAGCUGUAGUGCUGAGUACAUCCCCUUUGCUCCGGGGGAUUACGAUGUUAACAUUACAUAUGGAGGAGCCCACAUCCCUGGCAGUCCCUUCAGAGUUCCUGUGAAGGAUGUGGUGGAUCCUAGCAAGGUCAAGAUCGCUGGCCCUGGGCUGGGCUCCGGUGUCCGAGCCCACAUCUUACAGUCCUUCACGGUGGACAGCAGCAAGGCUGGCCUGGCCCCGCUGGAAGUGAGGGUCCUGGGCCCCCGAGGCCUGGUGGAGCCAGUGAACAUAGUGGACAACGGGGAUGGCACACAUACAGUGACCUACACCCCGUCCCAGGAAGGGCCUUACAUGGUCUCAGUUAAAUAUGCUGAUGAGGAGAUCCCUCGUAGUCCCUUUAAGGUCAAGGUUCUUCCCACAUAUGAUGCCAGCAAAGUGACUGCCAGUGGCCCUGGCCUCAGUUCCUAUGGUGUGCCUGCCAGCCUGCCUGUGGAAUUUGCGAUUGAUGCCCGAGAUGCUGGGGAAGGCCUGCUUGCUGUUCAGAUCACGGACCAAGAGGGAAAACCCAAAAGAGCCAUUGUCCACGACAAUAAAGAUGGCACGUAUGCCGUCACCUACAUCCCUGACAAGACCGGACGCUAUAUGAUUGGGGUCACCUGGGGGGACGACAUCCCACUGUCUCCCUAUCGCAUCCGGGCCACACAGACUGGAGAUGCUAGCAAGUGCCUGGCCACAGGCCCUGGAAUCGCUUCCACUGUGAAAACCGGAGAGGAAGUGGGCUUUGUGGUUGAUGCCAAGACCGCCGGGAAGGGGAAGGUGACCUGCACGGUUCUGACCCCCGACGGCACCGAGGCCGAGGCCGAUGUCAUCGAGAAUGAGGAUGGCACGUACGACAUCUUCUACACGGCCGCCAAGCCGGGCACCUAUGUCAUCUACGUGCGCUUUGGCGGAGUUGACAUUCCCAAUAGCCCCUUCACUGUCAUGGCCACGGAUGGGGAAGUCGAGGCUGUGGAGGAGGCUCCGGUAACCGAAGAGGCUUAUGUCCCAGUGAGUGACAUGAACGGCCUGGGGUUCAAGCCUUUCGACUUGGUCAUUCCGUUUGCAGUCAGGAAAGGAGAAAUCACUGGAGAGGUCCAUAUGCCUUCUGGGAAGACGGCUACACCUGAGAUUGUGGACAACAAGGACGGCACGGUCACCGUCAGAUACGCCCCCACUGAGGUCGGGCUGCAUGAGAUGCACAUCAGAUACAUGGGCGGCCACAUCCCUGAAAGCCCACUCCAGUUCUACGUGAACUACCCGAACAGUGGGAGCGUUUCUGCAUAUGGUCCAGGCCUGGUAUAUGGAGUGGCCAACAAAACUGCCACCUUCACCAUCGUCACUGAGGAUGCAGGAGAAGGUGGCCUAGACUUGGCUAUUGAGGGACCCUCAAAGGCCGAAAUCAGCUGCAUCGACAACAAAGAUGGAACAUGCACAGUGACCUAUCUCCCCACCCUGCCAGGCGACUACAGCAUUCUGGUCAAGUACAAUGACAAGCACAUCCCCGGCAGCCCCUUCACAGCCAAGAUCACAGACGACAGCAGACGGUGCUCUCAGGUCAAGCUAGGCUCUGCCGCCGACUUCCUGCUCGACAUCAGCGAGACGGACCUGAGCACCCUGACGGCCAGCAUCAAGGCACCAUCCGGCCGCGACGAGCCCUGUCUCCUCAAGAGGCUCCCCAACAACCACAUCGGCAUCUCCUUCAUCCCCCGGGAGGUGGGUGAACACCUGGUCAGCAUCAAGAAGAAUGGCAACCACGUGGCCAACAGCCCCGUGUCCAUCAUGGUGGUCCAGUCUGAGAUUGGCGAUGCACGCAGAGCCAAAGUCUAUGGCCGUGGCCUCUCAGAGGGCAGGACUUUCGAGAUGUCUGAGUUCAUCGUGGACACCAGGGAUGCAGGUUAUGGUGGCAUAUCCUUGGCAGUGGAAGGCCCCAGCAAAGUGGACAUCCAGACAGAGGACUUGGAAGAUGGUACCUGCAAGGUCUCCUACUUCCCCACUGUGCCUGGGGUUUACAUUGUCUCCACCAAGUUCGCUGAUGAGCAUGUACCUGGGAGCCCGUUUACUGUGAAGAUCAGCGGGGAGGGAAGAGUCAAGGAGAGCAUCACCCGCACCAGCCGGGCCCCAUCUGUGGCCACUGUCGGGAGCAUCUGUGACCUGAACCUGAAAAUCCCAGAAAUCGACAGCAGUGACAUGUCGGCCCAUGUCACCAGCCCUUCUGGCCGCGUGACCGAGGCAGAGAUUGUGUCCGUGGGGAAGAACUCUCACUGUGUCCGGUUUGUGCCCCAGGAGAUGGGUGUUCACACGGUCAGCGUCAAGUACCGCGGCCAGCAUGUGACCGGCAGCCCCUUCCAGUUCACUGUGGGGCCUCUGGGUGAGGGGGGUGCCCACAAGGUCCGCGCAGGAGGCCCCGGCCUGGAGAGAGGAGAAGCAGGGGUCCCAGCCGAAUUCAGCAUCUGGACCCGGGAGGCAGGCGCUGGCGGCUUGUCCAUUGCUGUCGAGGGCCCCAGUAAGGCCGAGAUUACGUUCGAUGACCAUAAAAAUGGAUCAUGCGGUGUGUCUUACAUUGCCCAGGAGCCUGGUAACUACGAGGUGUCUAUCAAGUUCAACGAUGAGCACAUCCCUGAAAGUCCUUACCUGGUACCCGUCAUCGCGCCCUCUGACGACGCCCGCCGCCUCACUGUUAUGAGCCUUCAGGAAUCGGGAUUAAAAGUUAACCAGCCAGCCUCCUUUGCUAUAAGGUUGAAUGGGGCAAAAGGCAAGAUCGAUGCAAAGGUGCACAGCCCCUCUGGAGCCGUGGAGGAGUGCCACGUGUCUGAGCUGGAGCCAGACAAGUACGCCGUUCGCUUCAUCCCCCAUGAGAACGGCAUCCACACGAUCGACGUCAAGUUCAACGGGAGCCACGUGGUUGGAAGCCCCUUCAAAGUGCGCGUCGGGGAGCCAGGACAAGCGGGGAACCCUGCCCUGGUGUCCGCCUAUGGUGCCGGGCUUGAGGGGGGCACCACAGGUAUCCAGUCUGAAUUUUUCAUCAACACCACCCGAGCAGGGCCAGGGACAUUAUCUGUCACCAUUGAAGGCCCGUCCAAGGUUAAAAUGGAUUGCCAGGAAACCCCAGAAGGGUACAAAGUCAUGUACACUCCCAUGGCUCCUGGAAACUACCUGAUUGGCGUCAAAUAUGGCGGGCCCAACCACAUUGUGGGCAGUCCUUUCAAGGCCAAGGUGACAGGCCAGCGUCUGGUCAGCCCUGGCUCAGCCAAUGAGACCUCAUCCAUUCUGGUGGAGUCCGUGACCAGGUCAUCCAUAGAGACCUGUUACAGUGCCAUCCCCAAGGCAUCCUCAGACGCCAGCAAGGUGACCUCCAAGGGGGCAGGGCUCUCAAAGGCGUUUGUGGGUCAAAAGAGCUCCUUCUUGGUGGACUGCAGCAAAGCCGGUUCCAACAUGCUGUUGAUUGGUGUCCAUGGGCCAACCACCCCCUGUGAAGAGGUCUCCAUGAAGCACGUGGGCAACCAACAAUACAAUGUCACAUAUGUCGUCAAGGAGAAGGGAGAUUACAUUCUGGCCGUGAAGUGGGGAGAGGAACACAUCCCCGGCAGCCCCUUCCACGUCACGGUGCCUUAAAACGGUUCUCGUCAAACCCUGGGAGGAGUUCUGGUGGUUGCUUUUGUUGCUUGUUUGUAACUUGUUUUAUACAAAGUUUUCCUCCAGGCUGUUUGUGGGUCUGAAAACCCAUCCCGAAAACAUUGCCGUUCUAAAGUGCCUUGAGAAAUAAGUCCUAGACUUGACUCUUUGGGGACGUGUUGGGGACUCUUAAGAAAUGCAAACUCAUGCUGUGGGCUGAGAAGAUUUCCAUGCACACUUGGUUCAAAUCUCAUCUCUUGUUGGCACAGAUCACCCCCUGCAGACAGACCAAGUUCACCCACAAGAUUGACGUUUUUAAAAAAUGAUAUUGGUAACCCAUAUCUGAAACAAGACUGGCAGGGAAGGGACAGGGCAAAGAGGCGACCUAGUUUAGGCUGUGAUUUAGAAAAGAAGAUGACUUAAAACCAGCUUCAUCUCUCCAGCGCCCUAUCACAUAAAAGGCUCUGAGGCAGAUGCCAUUGUUUCGACAUUACUCAUCUCCACACCCCCACCUGUUUGUGGCCUUGUUACAUGUCUCAGAGGGCAGUGGGCUACAUGGUGGCAGAGUGACCUCAAUGCUCUCUGAUGCAUCUCCCCUCAUUCUGCUGAGUAUCUCCCUGCAAAGUUGUAACAUGUGCCCAUUUCGGCAGCCACAUUUUUGCUUUUGUCUUUAAAGGCCAUUGAAGUCUCUGGGUCUGAGGAAAUUCUACUGUGGCAAGCAGCCCCUCCUGCCAAAGACCUUUUUUUUUUAAAACAGCACGAGCCUUUGUUCUUAACACACACUCCAGCCAUCUGUCAGACCACUGAGUCUUGCCAACAUGUUCGAAGUGACCGCAGGUGGGUCCCUAUGUCAGCGUCCCUGUCUGCGGAAGGCCUGUCACGGGACAGAACACUCCAACCCACCUCCAGUCAGCUGUGGGAUUGCUUCUUGGAAAAGGAUUAUAGACAGGAAAGAAUGGAAGUCCUGCUGACCUUUGGCCUCAAAGUCAGGACAUUGGGGGGGGGUCUUCUGUCAUUGGGCAGAAAUAGUGGAAGCCACAUAGCUAAUGGUGGCUAUGUAUUCAUUUGGCCCUGACCACAGUACCUGAAGCUGUUUGGAAAGCAAUGUACAGGUGCAAAAUUCCAAAAACGGGGUGUAAGGCAUUUUGCAUCCCUUUCUGCAGACCUGAGCUGGCUUUGGAAUAAAGUUAAAGCAUUCGGGGACACUGCCUGAUUGUAGGGCCUGGGUGUAUGGCGUUGUCUCGGCAGGCAGAGCUUUUUGAUUUGCUGCUCCAUCUCAAGGAAGUGGCUGCUCUUGUCAUGAGCGCCUCCGUGGAUGGGACAGGGAGGGAGCAAGGGAGGGGACCGUCACCAAGAUGUAGCAGCUGGGGGCAGGUGUUGGCAGUAGCCCACCUCUUAGAAACCGGAGCAGCCUGAAGCCUAAUGUGAAAGGGCCACAGGUUUUGUAAACGGGGACAUGGAAGCAGAAACUGGAAUCAAAUGCCGACUGUAAAUUGUAUCUUAUAACUUAUUAAAUGUUUGCUCUGUCAAGCUC